AUGACUCUCUACGUGGCUUCCCUUUUUCUUCCCUAUACAAUAGACUUUGAGGCAGACACAGCUCGCACUAGCCCACCAGAUGACCCCGACACGGUAGUGAUCGAGGGUCGCCUAGCGGAUCUGCAUCGCCAGGCGCGCGCAAGAGCGCUUUCAUUGACCCCCGGCGCUAUUACAGAAGAUGAAAAAAUCUUCAAACCAUUCUACGCAUCACGGUCCGUGGCAGAUGACCCUCACCGACCUGCGCCGACCGAAGUGCCCGUCGAGUCUUGGGGAUCAAGCAGAAAAUUCAACCAGCCGCUGUCCAAGGCCACCAAUUAUCCGGGCUCUUCCAUUCUUAGUGGUCCCGCUGUCUCUGACGAGAAGCUAACUCAGGUCGAUUACUCUGAUUCGGAGGACAGUACUCGACGAGUCAUACUAUCCGACGUUGAUUGGAUUAUAAAAUCAGCCGUGCAAGGCAAUGGGGGGUUGCGGAAUGCCAUCAACGCAGCCGUCAGAGAAGAUAUUGUCCAGGAUAAGGUCUGGGUUGGCACGCUGGGCAUGCCCACAGACUUGUUGAAGGAUCAUAUUCGUGCCAGCAUUGCGAAUCGGCUAGAGGAGGAAUACGAUUCGCUGGCAGUGUUUGUUACGGAUAGUGAAUUUGAAGGACACUACUUUCAUUACUGUCGAAACAUCCUCCAUCCGGCCUUCCACUACCAAAUGCAAGAAAGCCCGCGAAACAAGGACUACGAUGAGCAUUCAUGGAACCAGUACGUCAAGCUCAACGAGCACUUUGCCGAUGCCAUUGCGAGCAAGUGGAAACCAGGGGACCGCAUCUGGAUUCACGACUAUCAUCUCAUGCUUCUUCCCGGUCUGCUCCGACGUAGGCUUGGUGACGCCGAAAUUGGAUUCUUCAUGCACACUGCGUUUCCUUCUUCAGAGGUCUUUCGAUGCCUGACUCAUCGAGAGGCCUUGCUGGAAGGGCUCCUGGGAGCCAGUCUCAUUGGUUUACAAACUGGCGAGUAUGUGUAUCACUUCCUUCAUACCUGCACCAGGAUAUUGGGAUUAGAGGUGCCUGCGGAGGGUAUUCGUUUGCCGGACCGGAUUAUUCCCGUCAAGGCGUUUCCCAUGGGCGUCGACAAUGCUUCGUUGGACACCCAGAGAAAUUCUCAAGAAGUGAAGAAUUGGGAGGUCAAAAUCAGCGAAAAGUACAAAGGAAAGCGGCUGAUCGUGGCUCGAGAUCGACUCGACGCUGCAGGCGGUAUCAAGCAGAAACUCCUAGCGUACGAGCAGUUUCUGAAACGGUAUCCUGAGUGGAGAGAAAGCGUCGUGCUGGUCCAGGUUGCAUCGUCUGCAUCCGAGGCGACAGACCUCGAGGCAGUGGUAUCCAAGAUUGCAAUGAAAAUCAACUCGAAUUAUUCGACAUUGACGCACCAACCGCUGGUACUACUAAAGCAGGACAUUUCAUUUGCGCAGUUCCUUGCCCUGAUGUCGGUUGCAGAGAUAUUCAUGAUCACCAGUCUUCGCGAAGGCAUGAAUCUGUCGGGCCACGACUUUGUCUUGUGCCAAGAUGGGAACUCGGGAGUUCCGCAAAAGUACGGGUCUCUGAUAUUGAGUGAAUUCACCGGCAGCGCCUCGAUCUGGAGCAAACACGAGCUGGUUGUGAAUCCGUGGGAUUAUGCUCAGUGUGCUGAUGCCAUUAACAAAGUGCUGGUCAUGUCGCCUCAGCAUAGGAAAGAGAAUUGGAUGUUUUUGAUGGGCAGGAUGGCGCGGAACACGGCCUCAAUGUGGUGCAGAUCGUACCUGGCAUGCCUCCGGCAAGCCUACGAAAUAGAAUCAUCAAGAGACUCUACAGUGACUCUACUCUCGAGCGACGCUGUGCGAGAAAAAUACAACUCGUCGACGCGGAGGAUGUUUAUCCUAGACGAGCAUACGAUUUUUGCCGCAGCCGAGAAUGGCUUGUCUAAACUUGCCUCGUUGAAAUACCUCUCGUCAAACCCGCAGAAUACCGUCUAUCUCACCAGCUCACAAACGCCAAAACAACUCGAGUCGUCUCUUGCCAGUCUUCUUCCAGAUACUGGGCUAAUUGCCGAAAACGGUGCCUUCUUACGAGAACCGGGACAAAUAGAAUGGCAAACCCUAGUCAGCGAGACAGACACACCGGACUGGCGCUGGGGUGUGCACAAGCUAAUGCGAUUCUAUCGAGAGCGUACGGAAGGCACCUCGAUCGAACAGCGCCAAUUCUCACUAAUAUUCCACUCGCACGACGCACCAGACCGCGAACUCGCGCUGCGUCAUUCGUCCGAACUGACGGAUCAAAUCAACGGCUCGCGAGGGAACGCACCGAUCCGGGCAGUCAUGAGGGACGAUGCAGUAACUGUGGAACUUACGAGCAUAAGCCUUGCUGCAGCAGCAGACCUAGCUUUUCGUGCUACUAUUACUAGUGGGCUUGAUUUCCUGGUGCUUUGCGGCGUCGAUGAGCCGGUGUUUCGGUGGGCAAGCCAGAUUGGGCGCAAGGGCGUAGUCAGUGUGGCGAGGGUGUCGAUUGACGAGCUCGCUGGGCUGAUUGGCGAUAUUACCAGUUGA